CGCCAUCGCAUCAUCGCUUUCUGCGCCCCCUCAGAGCGCGCUGAGCGAGGGGGUCCCGGCGGAGCCGUCCGUGGCUGCCCCCUCCUCGCCCGCCAGCGGGACGGCUCGGGCGCAGGUUGUGUACGAGUAGUGCUUCUAAGAAGAUGUCCAGUACAGAUCCCCUCACAAAUACAGAGAAGGAGACCAUUAUGGGCCCUCAUGGAAUUAAUCGAGCUGUUCACCGCCUCUCUUUCUCUGAUUGCCAGAAUGGAUUAGGAGUUAAAAUUAUUGGAGGUUAUCGGGCACAAACAGCAGAAGAUUAUGGGAUUUUCAUAAAGAGAAUUCUACCUGGGGGGGUGGCUGCUGUAGAUAGCCGUUUGCUCACUGGGGACCUAAUUCUGGAUGUCAAUGGAGAAAACCUGGUUGGAGUAACAAACGAAAGGGCUGUUGACAUCUUGAGAACAGCAUCAGCCUCUAAUCACAUGUCUCUGCUCGUUGCUAGAGAUGAAGAAGCAAAGAAGGAAUUUCAUGACCUAAUGGAUAAGUAUGGCUCUCACAGUGACACCACGUCUGCAAGAACUUCUCCAACACAUCAGUUAGCUGCAAAAUCUAGAGACAGCCUUUCUUCUGGGUCAUCCUCAAGUUCACAGAGUCCUCAGUUGCCUCUGAAGGAUAGCAUCACCAGCAGCAGCAGCAGAAAUUCUGUCCCACCACCAUCCCCAAAGCUUCCAAAUGACAGUGCAUUUCAGAUUAUCUCUGUUUGCAAAGGAACAAGCCUGGGUUUGAAUAUUGUGGGAGGAAUUAACAGAAAUGAAGGGCCUUUGGUUUAUAUUCAAGAAAUUAUCCCUGGUGGUGAUUGCCAUAAGGAUGGACGAUUGAAACCCGGGGAUCAGCUUGUGUCCAUCAACAAAGAGUCCAUGAUUGGAGUCUCCUAUGAAGAGGCAAAGAGUAUAAUCAACAGAACAAAGAUGAGGUUUGAAAAUUUUUGGGAGAUAGCUUUUAUUAGGCAGAAAAACAUACCUAGUCUUCCACAGAAUCUGCAACAUCCUUUCAGCCUCUUACCAUCUUCUGUAGCACAUGGAGAGCAACAGGCUGCAACACUUGGUCCUCUUCCCUCUCCUAGUGGGAGACUGGUUUCAGCAUUCCCUCCAGAUGCUAUGGAAACUGGAGUCAAGAUGGGAGAGCAAUCUCCAAUUACUGCUCUAGACAGCAAUCCUGCUGAUGUGUCUGCCACGGUUCUUGCCCCCAGCCAGAAUGAUGAUUAUGAGCUCCAAGGAAAGAACUUGAGUAUUCAUCUAAAAACAGAAAAGCUGGAGAGGGCACUGAAUUAUCUUGGGAUUCAGCUCACAGAUGAACAGCAGCAAGCCCUAAGGCAGCAACUUCAUAAAGAUUCUAAAGGAACAGUGUCUUUUGGAGAUUUUGUUGAAGUUUCAAGGAAUCUGUUGUCUGUGCAAUCAAAUUCAGCUGAUGAUGGCCACAAAUCUGAAACGUUUGGGGUCAGUGAAGUUACCAGCUUAGAGGACUCACAGUUUGUAACCUGUGAUUCCUUGGAGGAUGAUGUGGAAAAACUUAAGAAAGAAAGAAAUGAAGCUUUAAAAGAAAUAAGCAAAUUAAAGGAAGAAUUGUCUGAAUCUGUGAACUUACAGAAGCAGUUAGCAGAGCAGCUACAAGUAGUCAAGCAAGAAGCCAAGGCAGCUGUGGAGGAGAGCAGAGCCCUGCGCAGCAGAAUUCACCUUGCAGAGGCUGCUCAGAGGCAGGCCCGGGGAAUGGAGAUGGACUACGAAGAGGUGAUUCGCCUGUUAGAGGCUGAAAUUGGAGAGCUGAAGGCUCAGCUCACUGAGCAUUCUGGCCAAAAUAAAGAGAACAUUCAUGACUUGAGAAAGAGGGUUACAGUGCUUGACUGCCAGCUGCGGAAAUCGGAGUCGGCCAGGAAGACAUUUGAGGUGGCCACUGAAAAAUUGCUACAAUUUGUAGAGGUUGUGCACGAAAUACUUUCAGAUAACUCUACUUCCUCAACGAUUUUAAGUGACAGGAGAACAUUGUCCACUAAAGCACUUCUGGCUCGGCUGGGAAGGGUCGGACCUACUGUCACAGCAGCUCUUGCAGCAGAAGCCAGGGACCUUGCCAAGUCUGUCCGUGCCAUUUUGGAAGUAGAUUGUCUGCCUUAUGGAUGGGAAGAAGCUUAUACAGCUGAUGGAAUCAAAUAUUUUAUCAACCACGUGACGCAGACAACGUCCUGGAUCCAUCCUGUCACGAGCGCUCUGGGCUUGCUGUGCUCCGAGGAGGAGGAGGAUGGCAUCAGAGACCUUCCCGGGCCCAGGAGCUGAGGACAGCUGUGGACAGAGAGUAGUUUGUCUGGUUUUAGUCCCUUAGUGAGCACAUGCACAGGUUUUAGUCUACCUGCUUUCUAGUGUGAUGUAGUAGUACCUGGUGACAUUUCUCCUCAGCAAGCUGGACAAAGUUCUGCUGGUUUUGAGAUGGGUUUGUUGAUGUGUGCUACAAAGGAUGCAGGUGCCACAGGAGUCCUUAAUUUGCCCCAUUUUGGUGUGGCAGGGAUCUCACCUCAGGGCCCAUAAUUUCCCUGACCUGAAGCUGAAUUUUCCAGGUCAGCUGAAAUUUUCACAGCUCUGAGCAACAUGAGAUUUAAGAUGGGACCACUGGUGGUAGAUUCCAGCUGAUGGUUGACUGAGAUGCAAAGUGAGGUGGGGGUUUUGAGCCAAUGCUAGUGAGAAUAAUGGAGAUGACUUAACUGAAAAAUCUUAUUUCUAUGGGAGAAAUCUUCAAAUAAGUUUUGCUACUGGAAAUUUAGUGAUUUAUUACAAAUAUUGGAGCCCUGAUGACUUUUUAAACAAAUACUCACUAAGAUUGGUUGUUGAGCUUUAGAAAAUGUGUCUUUGAUAAGUUGUCAAGUAAAAAGAAAGUUUUCAUAGAGGACAUCAUACUCUGACAACAAUAUGAGGCAAUAUGAAAAUUAUUCUACUUUUGUACUCUGCUAAACUGAUACAAACACACAUCAAAUACUUCAGUGGAAGCUGUGAAGUUUCAAGUACAAUGAAACCUGUGAAACCACCUCCAGGAUCAGCAGAAGUCAGUCACCUCCUCAGAACUGGUCUUUUAAGUAGAACAAAAUCAUUUUAUACACAUCGGUGAUGUUUUAAAGAGGAUAAAGAAAAUUAUGGGGGGUGCUAGUGCAAGUUAAAUGAACAGGUUUCUGUGUACCUCAAUAGCACAGGAUAUUUUAAAUCUCAUCAUUCACAGCACAAUGUCUGAUGUCAGCUUUGUCAAAUGUAUGGUUCUGUGCUACAUUUUUCUGGAGGCUCUUUAUAUGUGUGUUGUGUAUAUAAUGGUGGGUGUUACUAAUGAAUGAGACACACCUGAACCUGCAGAAGCACUGAUGGAUGGUAUGCCAAAGGAAAUCUUUAUCUCUGCUUCAGUCCAGGAGGGAGAAGGGGAUUGUGGCAGUGUGAGGAAGGCACAGGCUGCAGUCACAUUUUUUGAGGUCUGGCAUUGGCAUUCAGCAGGUGUGGCACUGGAGUUAAGAAUCCUUGUCCUCUGAGGAAUGACAAUCAAAACCAGACUCACUCUCAGUUCUGGUGCCUUGACCAUGCUCUCUGUCCUCAGCAGUGCAGAGCUGUGCCAGGUCAGGCUCACUGGAACAGUUGAUCCUUUUGAACCAAAAUAAUUCACCUUUUUUUGAAAUCCAAGUCAGGCCUCUGAAUAGCAGCGCAGUAAUCUCCUGCACUUGGCCAGAGAUCUGGAGAGCACAUCACCAAAUGUUCUUCCUGAAGCUCACAAAAGAGGCCUUUACAGGCUUUGCAGGAAGUAGAUGUCAGGGUAUAUUGAAUAAGCAAAUAGGAAAAAUUUGUUUUGUACUUUCAACUAGGUCAGACCCAAAUUAUCUGUGAAUCUACACAGGUGGUGUGGAUUAGGGGAAAAAAGCUUGCUCAGCAGACCCACAGUAACUUACAUUUCUAAGAAAACUUCUCCUAGGAAUAACACAUGAAUGGUUUAGCCAUAUUUGCUCCAGUGGUUCCUGCAUGCUCCACAGACUCCUUUGUGCUCCCAGAGAGCUCAGGCCAAAGGGACAGAGCAUGUGCUUCAGUUUCAGACUUGGACACUCCAGAAUCAUUUUUAUUUAAAUCCCUUUUCUCAGAUUGGCACAGACUCAUGACCUACAGAAGAUAUGUCAUCUGAAUUCCUUGUGGUAUUUGCUGUAGUAGUGACUUGGAUGCUUUAUAACAGCACUUUCUGUUCAUACUUCAGGGAUAUCCAGCCUGCACACAGAUUCCACUCCCCAGUUCUGCUCAGCAGAGGUUUGAGCCACCACUUGCCUCUUGCAGCCUGGUGGCUGUGUCAGCCAGCUGGGUGCUCCAGAGGGGAGCAGCUUUUUAGGGAUGGGGACUGUGGCUCAGGCAGGCUCUGCACGAGCAGGGGCUCCACGGGGAGCAGCUUAGAGCUGUCCUUGUGCUGGGGGACAGCUCUGCACGUGCUGCCCUUCCCUUCACCCACACCCUCAGAGUGUGCAGCCUGCUGCGCAUGGGGACAAUCUGCCUGCUCCUCUCACUGCCACCUCCCACAGACCCCAGUGUGACACAAACCUGGAGCCUCUUCCUCUCUCUCUCUCUUAUAAACUUGCCUAGAAAUUAAAGAUGUUAGAAAUAGAUCUCUGCAUCUCUUCUGCUGCUCCAGUGAGCGUUUCUCUCCUCAGAUAAUCCACCCGUUCACAUUCUCUGGGGUUGAGAAUACAUUUUCUUACCUACAAUCUCCAAAUGUUCCAAUCUAUUUUUGUACACUGGUAUACUUGUUUCCUAGGUUAUUUCUCUUGAUCUCCCCUUAUCUCUUCCUUUAUGUGAAAUAGUUUUGUGAAAAUUAUUUUGCUUAGGCUGAACUGUGUAUAUUUGAGAAAAUGGUUCUAGUAUAACUUGGAACAGAAUUUGUAAAGAGCAGCUUUCAACAUAUGCAGCACUGUAAACAGCAAUUUUUCAUUUUUAUUCCUAAAUUUUAAAAAUUAAGUGGAAAAGAUACUAAAGUGCAUGUGACAGCCUUUAAGUUAAUAAAACUACACCUUUAUAUUAUAAUGAAUCUGCCCCACAUAACAUUCUCCAUCUGUUGAAGAGCCUCUUGUAACAGACUGCUUUAGGAAUGGUUUGGUUCAUUUCUGACACUUCAGGAAGUACCUGGUGCCACUGAGGUAAGGAAAGGAAAAUCCUUUAAGAAAAAUAUUUGUGGUUGUAGAACAGGCUGGGCUGUGCAGGGCUGACUGUGGGCAGGACUCUCCAGGAGCUCAGGAAAUGCUGCUCUGGCUUGGCUUGUAAAAUGUUCCAUUUUCUGGGAACUGAUGGGAUUCUUAACCCUCAGCUCAAGACACACAGGACUCCCAACCAAGCUCCAAAAUUCGGUGCUUUUUGCAAGCGCUGCUCUGAGUGACUUUGGUGUGGCUCUAUUUUAAGCCAGCAGCAAAAAUUUAAGUCAGCUCAGGAGCCUUAGUUGAGUUCUGUGCUCCUGGUCCUUGUGUGUUACCAGCACUCCCCACUCCUGCAGGGAGUGAGCCCAUCACACCAGUUCAGACUGGCACCUGUCAGGCCAGGCACUGGGGCCAGCUUUGCAGAGAUGUUCAGCAGCUUAAACAUGUUCGUGGAGUUAAUGGGAAUUAGGCACCUAACCUACUUAGAUGCUGCUAUAAAUGCUGCUAGGCAUGUUUAGGUACCUAAAUACCUUAGUAAAUCUUUCCCCUGGCUGCUUGCAGUGAUAGUGCACCAAAAAUCAAAUACCAGUGACUAAAGCCUCACCUUUGUCCUCUGUAACCAGCUUUGCCUUUCCCUGAGGAUUCUUUUCAUAUAACACUAAAAAUACCAGCUAGCUCACAGGUUGUACCAUCCAGGCUCUGCUCAUAUUUUCUGGUGGCUUGAUUAUUUAUUGCUCAUUCUAAAUUUUUUCCACCAACUGUGCUGAUGUUGGCAUGGAUUUAAUAGGUUGGUACUUUCACAACACUCAGAUAAGUUAUUUUAUUACAAGAUAAUACAGCUGUUAUUUUAUUUAUUUUAUUGCAAGAUAAUAUGCUGUUUACAGCAGUGCUCAAGACUCCAGAGCAUUUUUCCAAAGCACACAUAAGCUGUGUUCUUCCUUAAGAAGGAUGUUGAUAGAGACAUUGAACUGCAGCUACACAAUCCUUAUUAUUCACUGAGGGCUCCAAUGAGGGAGGUUGCUGAAACGACCCCUCAUCCUGAUGAGGAGGAAUGCAAUUUCUCCAGCCAGUCACUAUGGGGAAUUUUGGUUUUAUUGUUAGGCUUCUUGGCUAAAAGCAAACCAUGAAAAAUCAGUAGUUUUGCUGCUGUUUCACAUAAGUCACUAUUUCACCUUGACCUCCAAAAGCUACGCUCUGAUCAGAAACGUCUUCAUCUCCUCUCAAGUACCCUGCCUGUCACCUACCCACAAGGCAGUAUUUCCCUGUGGUCCAAUUAUUAUUAUCAUCAAGAACUAUCCUUGCUCUUGUAUGUGAAGAGAAUUCAUUAAAAAUGAUUGAAAUG